AAAAGGAUACGGAAGAAGUAUUAUUUUUUGCGUGACGGACCGUAGGUACGGACGGCAUGAUUCUCAUCGUGCAGUCACGCAGCUUCUCCGUUUCAACAAAAUUCCAAAAUAAUUUUCAAAUUAAUCUCUUCAUAAUCCUCAUAAAUGAUAAAUCCUCCCCAAUUAUCUUCAAUUCUUUCACUGUUUUUCGAUAAUUAACUCACUAUUUUUCUCUUUUUAGAGUAAUGGGAUUUAAAUUUCUUUUCAAUCGAAAGAAAAAAAAUCCGCCGAACAAAAUUGACCCAACUCCGGCGAAUUCCCCGCCGUUAAAUUCUCCGGCCACGAUCGAAGAAGAGCUACAACAGGUAUUCAAUAAAUUUGACAUUAACGGCGACGGAAAAAUUUCGUCUUCGGAACUGGCUUUCAUCAUGGCCAGCUUAAGAAACGCCGUAACGGAGGAAGAAUCGAUUAAAAUGAUUAGCGAAGUCGAUGCAGACGGAGAUGGAUUCAUUGAUUUGCGUGAAUUCAUCGAGCUCAACACGAAGAACAUCGAUUCCGAUGAAGUUAUGGAGAAUUUGAAAGAUGCUUUCUCUGUAUUUGAUGUGGAUAAAAAUGGGUCGAUCUCUGCUGAGGAGUUGCAGAAAGUGAUGAAGAGUAUUGGGGAAGAAUGCACGAUGGAGGAGUGCCGGAAAAUGAUCGGCGGCAUCGAUUGUGACGGCGAUGGGAUGAUUGAUUUUGAGGAAUUUAAAGUUAUGAUGAUUGGAAAAGAAAAGAAUUUGUAGAGAUUUGAUUUUAGUUUGACUUGAUUUGUAAAAAUUAUGUCAGUGGUUUAAUAUAUCCUCAUUGGGUUAGAGUACUAUAUUUUUAAAAGUUUGAUUUUGAAUUAUUGUUAUUUUCAAAGUUUGAUUUCAAAUUAUCGAUAAUUGAAAGUAGAGAUCAGUUUAUUAAGAAAGAUAUUACAUUUCGUGUAUGGUGUUAUUUAUUCAAAAUUGGCUAUGUUCCUAGAA